AUGGCCAUUUCGGCAAUGCAUAUAGUCCUCGAAUCCUCCAACGCAGCACCAGCAACUAUUUCGCAAUACAUGCUCGCUGCCUUGGAAUAUCACAAUGCCGCCUGUCAAGCCUUUGGCAAUGUCGGUGAUCACAAGACACCUCGUCCCAAUGAUGACGGCGAAACAAGCUUCACAACCAUAUUCGCCUUUUCCAUCAUCAACCUUGCAUUCAUCCUCGGGUUGCCGCAGUGUCCCGUAACCUCUGGUAAGGAUGCGCGAGGAGGCACCGACGUCGUGGCAAACGUCACAAUGCUGUUCAGGGUGCUCCAGAGCGUCGGCUCCGUCAUCAGCUCAGACCUCGACGGGUUUUCCAAAGGACCGCUUUCCGUCAGCCUUGACCUAUUCUCCGCGCCACGGUGGCGGGAGCCGGAUAAGGACACAAAGGUGGCACUGAUCAGACUGCGAUGCAUCGUGGAACGUGAAAACGGGCCCCAAAGCUCCUCCGACGUCAGCGACCGCUAUUCGCAGGCAAUCACCUGGUUGGAGAAAUGUUUCAGCUUCUAUAGUGACGAGAAUAGGGAUGUUGUUCUCAAGUGGCCGAUGCUGUUGGAUAUGUGGUUUGUACGCACGCUCGAAACAGGUGGAGACCAAGUCUGCUGGUUGAUCGUGUUGCACUGGGCUGUGAUGCUGCAUUGGUUCGGGCGUGGGAAACGGUUUACUGGGGAUCUGGGUGCGAGACUCGUGGACGAAUUGUCCGAAUCCAUGCCGGGGAAGGAUGACCUUUGGGAGGAGAGCAUACAAUAUGUGCGACAGCAGGUUGGUCUACAGCAGAGGAUGAAACAAAGCGCGGGGGAGGUGUUUGAUGAUGGUACACUGGCUUCAGCGCAAACAGAGCCCUACGUGUCGGGUACAACUGCGUGA